GCUUGUCUAGCCUGAAGGUGUUGCAAACUAAGAAUAUGGAACUCGGUGAUGUUGUCCUUACAGUGAAUGCUUUGAUGAACUAAGUUGCCCUACUUUUGUUUCAGGGCACCUACUCCAUAGUCCUGAUGGCUGUGGUAGACAGCAAGUACAAGUUUGUGCUUAUUGACGUCGGUGCAGAGGGACGACAAAGUGAUGGCGGCAUUUUCAAGGCCUCCGAGAUUGGUCAGGGCCUAGAUCAAGGCACACUCAACCUGCCGAAGCUGGGAGUGCUCCCAGGGUGUCAAAAGCCACGCCUGGUACCCUACGCAUUUGUGGGCGACGAGGCGUUUCAGCUUCGCACCGACUUUCUCCGCCCAUAUCCGGCGAAAGGUCUUGCUGAUGAGAGGAGGGCCUACAACUACAGACUCAGUCGAGCUCGGAGGUGUGUGGAGAAUGCCUUUGGGAUCAUUUCCGCCCGGUGGAGAAUUCUCCUCCGGACAAUCAACCUCCUGCCAGAGAACGUCGAUUACGUCAUCAAGUCCUGCUGUGUCCUGCACAACUUUCUCUUGGCACACAGCGAACACCCAGCAGCCUAUGCUGAUCAGGACGACAACAUGGGGAACCCCACGGCAGGAGGGUGGCGCCGCGAGAUCCCAGACUCAGCGAGGGAAUUGCUGUUUCCGCUGGAGGCCACACGUGCACGGAACUUUGGCGAUGAUGCAGACUUCGCCAGGAAGAUGUACAAGUAUUAUUUCUGUAGUCCUGCUGGGGAGGUUUCCUGGCAGUGGGACCAGCCUGGCGUGAACAAACAGGUUGCACGAAGCAACCUGCGAAAGCUCGGAGUCCAUGUGAACCUCAUGUAAAAUUUUGAGUCAAGUUGACAUUUAUUUGGCGAACCUCGGAAGACACAAAACAAAAUA